GGAGCCGCCUGGUUGUGCUGGGUUUGGCUCUGUUGUCCUGUAGUGCUGGGUGCGUUUUAGCUUUAUUUUUUAUUCCACAGGUGCUGCCAUGUCCAGUUGGAUCCAUCUUGGAUGUGGUGUCGUCUGGCCACACUGAAAGUCAGGAUCUCUGAUGAACUGCAGAGCAGUUCCCUGCAGAGAAAAGAACUUACUGCCUGUUCUUCCUUGCAUCUCUUUUGCAAUUGCUGAUAACAGUGUCUUUUGGCUUAUUAGGAAGCUGCACUUGCUUUGCAGAGGAAUGCAGGCUUUCAAGAAUAAAAGUGUAGAAAAGCCAGAACCAUUCUACAGGCUUUCCAUGCCAAGGCAGAAGAGCAGUUCUGAGAUUAUAAAUGAAGCAAGAAGCGUCCUACGAACACUAAGAACUCGGAGGCCAUUUACACCUACAGAGGAUCAAAGGAAACUUUUUGGAUCUGGAUCCUCACGAACUCCUGAAAACAGACCCCCUUCAGUUUUUAGUCUUCAUGCUUCCAGUUUUGAUUUGGCUGAAUCAAGACCAGUUUCUGGCAUUCGUCUCAGCCCACUGGAUCAUAAACCACAACUAAUCUAUUCAGCAAAAGAUGAAGAUUCUUCCAUUUCCUUUUCAAAAACUCCUGUGGAUCCUGAGGAGGUUAGAAGAGUUAGCAAUGCUCGAGCAGACUUAUUUCAAAGAACUUCUCGGGAAAAUUCCCUUCAUGGUAAAAUAUUUCCCUCUGAUCAGAAUGAAGAAAAAGUGAAUUGUGAAGAGCCAGUUAUGAUGAAUAAUCUUUGCAGAAGUAAUGAAAACUGCUUAGCAGAACAAAGGGUGCACACACCAUUUAACAGUGGAAAGAGUCAAUUAAUUUAUAAUGAGCACAUCAGCAAAUCAGAGGGGGAAGACAUCCUGAAAGGGACAGCAGGAAAUUUUUUAUUUCAACUGAGAGGUGAAAGUGACCAGAUGAAAAAGCUGGACACGAGUUCAUCAUGUACAAGAAAUAUGAGCGGGAAAAGAAGACUAACAGGCUUGGAAGAGGACACAAGAGUAAAAGAAUCGGAAGAGGAAGAAAACUUUUGGCGCACAAAGAUCCUGCCAAUUCUGAGUGAAAUGGAGAAUGAAGAGAAUAUAGAAAGUCUUUGCCUGGCUUGCACCAAACUCCAUCAAACCUUGAAUGAAGGAAAUAUGUUUGGGAAGAGAUUUAAAAGGAAAAGUGUGCUUCUGAAGACACUAUAUAAACUUGUAGACAUAGAUUCAGAUCCACUUUGCCUAAAACUGGCAAAGAUUAUUCUGUCUAUGAAAGUGAAUGGAAAAAACCUUCUGAGCAUCUGCAAGCUUGCAUUUAAAAUUUGCAGAAAUGAAAAAAAUGAUUACAUUGUCCAAAAUGAUAGAUUACUGGAUUGUUUGCUGGAGGUCCUGAGAACUGAAGAUCUACAAAAGAACAGCGAAGCUCUCCUGUAUUGCAUGGGAGCUGUAAAAUUCAUGUCUGGAAAUGCAGUUCUCCUUAAUGAAAUGGUCAACAAACAAGCUGUUGAAACAUUGCUACAGUUAAUGAAGCAGAUUAAUAAUAUAAAAGAAAAUGACACACAUUUUUCCAACCUGGGCCACCUAUUAGUACAGCUGACAGCUACUUUGCGCAACCUGGCCGAUGUACCCCGGGCAAGGUGCCAGCUCGUCUGCGAGGGCGCAGUCGCCGAGCUCUGCGUGGCGCUAGAGCAGCGCGCCAGCGACGCCGACGUGUGCACCUAUAUCGUCCGGAUACUCAGCAAACUUUCUUCCUACAAUGACUUCUGUGCAGCUUUGGCAGACUGCUCCAGAUGUUACGUCUUAUUUUUAGCCCUACUAAACAAGCACCAGAAGAAGCAGGAUUUGGUUGUCCGCAUUUUCUUCAUUCUUGGGAAUUUAAUGGCAGAGAGUAACCAGGCCCGCCAGCAAUUUUUUAAAGAAAAAGGAAGUGUUAACACGCUGAUAUCAUUAUUCCAAACCUACCACAAACUUGAUUUGAAUGCAGAAAAAAGGAACCGUGAAAAAGGCGAAGAAAAGAAAAACCCAAAGCAUCCCUCAGAAGCUGAAGAUGUCCUUAUGAAGCUGGUCCGAGUGCUGGCCAACCUGUCCAUUCAUCCCAGUGUAGGAGCAGCCCUGGCAGCCACCCAUCCUGUUGUAGAAUUACUUGCUACAGUACUAGAAUACAAGCCUAUAGAUGACUGCGAGGAGCUGGUUCUCAAUGCUGCGGCAGCGAUCAACAAUUUAUCCUACUACCAAGUGAGGAGUUCUGCAAUUGAAGACAAGAAGCUGCAUAUUGCAGAAAUGCUUUUAAAGCUGUUAAUGAGCAACAGUAUGGAUGGAGUUGUGGAGGCUGUAAGAGUCUUUGGGAAUCUUUCCCAGUAUCAUGAGAUAUGUGACUUCAUCGUACAGAAAAAGAUUUACAAGUUCAUGAUCGCUUUACUCGAUGCCAAGAAUCAACACGUCUGCUAUUCCGCUUGUGGAGUUCUCCUCAAUCUCACUGUAGAUAAGGACAGAAGAGCUCUGCUGAAGGAAGAAGGAGGAAUUGAAAAAUUAAUUGACUGUUUACAAGAUUUUGGGCCUGCAGACUGGCAGCUGGCAUGUCUGAUAUGCAAAACCCUGUGGAACUACAGUGAGAACWUCCCAAGUACAGCCUCGUGCUUUGGAGAASAUACUGACACGCUUCUAGGRCUGCUCACAUCACUCCUGGAUGAGGAGCUAUCAUUGGAUUACAGCCUCGACAGAGACAUAAGAAACUACCACAAAAUAUACUGGGAAACAGAAUUCAAACCUGUGGCAGAAAAGCUCCUUGAUAGAAUUCAGAGCCAUCACUCCUCCCAACUAUGAUUGUUACUCCAUUUGAAUCAGAGGUUUGCUAAGGAGUAUUUAAAAUAGCUGAAAUAUUUGUAGGCAAUGGCAUAGUGAUAGACACAAAUAAUCUAUAAUAACAUAUUGAAAACAGUUACAAAAUAUUUUUAUGAUGUAGAUUGUACAGGUAUGUAUUUCUAAGGUACCUGUACGUUAUCACUGGUAGGCRUGUUGGAGAGCUCAGGGAAUCUGAUUUUUGAAAGAGAAGAACUCGACAUUUAUAUACCAGAUAUUAUUUGGGAGGAAACUUGUGUGAAAUUUCUGUGUGCAUAAUUACUUUUUACAGUAUAUUUGAGCUUAUCAAG